CCGCGUCAGCCUUCUCGCAUCAAACUCGAAGCCAGACGACAUUGGGGCCAAGACGGCAGUCGCGAGUCUCACGCAGCGUGCAGUCAGUUUGCAGGCCGACACCGCAGCGAUCGGACGUGUGUUUCUGCGCGGAAGACACAUCGUACUAUCUCGACCAAGUAGUAAUCGGACGAUCAGUAAGGGGCUGACACAGACCCGUAACACGCAGCUCCCUGUCACCUGCUCGCCAACAGUUCAAGUUCAUCGUGUUCACCGGCGAGGAAGACUCGGUUGGAUUCGCGUCUUCGAUUCGAGAUCUACAUUCGCGCUUUUACGCGAAAACACACUCAGUGCUCUCGUUGGUUUCUUCGACGUGUGCCGCCGUUUCUUUUCGUUCUAUCGGAUCCAGAGGGGAGAGGAAAUUGUACGAUUUCACGGAGGAACGGAUACCAUUUCGUCGCGUCGUUUUGACACGUUCCGACGACACUUUCUUUCCCUCCGUACUUUUUCCUACUGCAUCUCCGUUUGGUGUGACACAUAAAUAUACCAUAUACCGCCGACUCUCGGAGGAUUCGCUUGGAUUUACCCGUAGAAGAGGGAGAAACGGUUUCGAUCGCGAGCCGCGAUAACAGGCGUUAUUAUGACGGUGACUCUCGUUACGUUGGUUCGACGAACGGGAUACUUCACGCCGAGCCAGUGACUGUCUCUCCGUGUCUCGCGGAUAAACUGUACAACGAGUUCGCCAAUCGACGAGUGCAGCGCACCGUCUGCCUUCGUUAACCUCGCUGUGGCAAAGUGGAUCGCUGUUCCGUCGUUCGAUCGUGCUCGACAGAAUCUUUCAAAAUUGAUGUACUAAGAAGACAAAUUAUGGUGGCAGAAAUUGUCGCCCGUCAGAGUGGAUCGCCCAUCAAUGGUGAGACCGCGUGUCUGAACAGCAAUAUGCCGGCCACCCACACAAUGGCGCACGCCGGUCACGGUGCCCACGGCCACGAUGCCCAUGGACCGUUGCCACCGCUGACGCAUCCGGCGCAUCAUGGUGCCCCGCUGACACUACAGCAGCAACAGCAACACCAGCAUCAACCCCAACACCAACCGCCGCCACCGCAGCAGCAACCACCGCAACACCACCAUCAUCAUCAGCAGCAGCAGCAACAGACGCAGCAGCAGCAGCAGCCGCCACACCUCCACCACGACGCCCAACAGGUGACACACCCAGAAAAUUUCCCCCCGAACUUCGACAUCAGAAAAGAGCUAUUUUCUCAGCGCAAGCAACGGGAGUUCAUUCCGGACAACAAGAAGGACGACAGCUACUGGGACCGCAGGAGACGCAACAACGAGGCGGCCAAACGGUCUCGAGAGAAGAGGCGCUUCAACGACAUGGUGCUCGAGCAGCGAGUAAUGGAGCUGAGCAAGGAAAACCACAUCCUGAAGGCGCAGCUCGAGGCGAUACGGGAUAAGUUUGGCAUAUGCGGCGAGUCCGUGAUCAGCACGGAACACGUGCUCGCGGCGCUGCCCGCAGAACCGCCCAUCAGCGUCAAGAGGGCGAAACUACCAGCCUCGGCGGCACUCCUGUACGCCAGAACCCCGAGUCCCGUGCACACCUCGGUGAUCCAUCAGCCAGUCAGCGGUGCACGAUCGCCGAGGUCACCGGCACAGCUUUACGUCCCGGAAACCACCACGUACCCCGAAACCGAGAGCUUUCAAUAUCCCUAUUCUCACCCCGCGAUGCAUCUCGACACGACGAGCGCUCUCAACCUGUCGCGUGGACGACGUGCCCAGUCGCCAUUCGAGCUGUCAUCGGGAAGCGGAGACGAGGGACCACAGUUGGUGGUCAGCUCGCAGAAUCCAGCAGCUAACAACAGUCUGCCUCACAAGCUGAGGCACAAGUCCCGCAUCGGCGACAAGGAUGCGGCCAGCGCGCUACUAGCGCUGCAGGGUAUCAAGCAAGAGCCAGGACCUAGGGCGUCUCCGCCAUGGGACAACGAAGGUUCCAGCGACGAACGCGACUCGGGCAUUUCCUUGGGGGCCGAAUGGACCGGUCCAAGUGUGUCCACCGUUCCUGAGAGCGAGAGGGAGGUGAAGUCGAGGCUGGACCGUCUCGCCUCCGAAGUUGCCUCCCUUCAGUCGAUACUCCGCAUCGGGAAACCAGCGGAGAGCAGUCUGGUCACGGGUCACUCGUUGCCCGCCAACGCCACCGUCAAUGGUCCGUGAAAGGGACCAGCGUGUCCUCUUCGUGGCUUUCUUGGAGCGAGCGCGCCGACUAUCCAACACGUUACAUCUUAAGCUGUACCAGGUUGAACGCGACCACGACCAAGACGACGACGAAUCCUCGGGUCGGACACCGGGGUUAGAAAAGACUACUCGAUCGUGUGCGCCAACGUUCCAACGUAUGCGACCAUGGUUAGUUGUUGUAGGAAGUAAGGAAGUAGCAGUCGGGUGAUCGUCGCUUAAUUUCGUUCUUUCGUGAUGGAUCCACGUCAAACGGGGGGCGGAGGGGUGAUAAGGGGCCGGUGAGGGAUGGAAGUGUACAUUUUCUAGAACGGCUAUUACCGACUUUGCAGUAUUGCAUCCGCGUGUACUUUGGUAUCGGCCAAUGUCGCGUGAAACAAAUCAUACACGGUUUUCUUAUCAGUUAACUGUUAGAGAUCGACUAGACGAGACGUGUGGAAAGAAUGGCACGAUAGUUUAAUCGGGAGGAGGAAAUUAUUCGAUUUUAUUCGGUGAAAUGCGAGGAUCGGUCGAAUCGACUGUCGGGUGCGUUUUUUUCUGUUGAUCGGGGCGCGCCAUUUCAAUGGGGCACCCCUGACACUGUCCCACGGUAUCGUAACGAUGAGUUAGAGGAUAAGGAUGAUGCGACAUCCUAGGUUAUAAGUAACUUAUACUGUAAGACUUUCUUAGGCUACUUUCGUUUAAUUAUUAUUAUCAUUGUUGUCACUAGCGAGAUCAUUUUGCUGAUUCGAAAAGUCGUGCAGCGGCUAAUCGGGUCGAGCGUUUGUUGGCUAUUGUGCACUAUACCCGAGCAACGUUCGAAUAACUUCAAGGCUCGAUAUUCGAUUCGUAUCGUCCUUAACGGGCAGGGAAAUCAGCUCGUUAACUCGAAGAUCUUCGGACGAUUCGUUUUUAUUUAUCCUCGUUGGGCGAAAAUUCGAAUAACAUUACACGUGCGCGUCGCACGAUUAUUAAAUUUCGAGAAAAGGAAAGGAAGGUAUGCUAGAAUUAAUGACUUCGAAGGUCUUCUAAUUAGCGGGUCCCGAGUUUCUCUCCGUGAAAAAAAAAAAAAAAA